AUGAGCGCCGGCGAGGCUAAGGGCACCGCCAACAAGAUGGCCGGCCAAGCACAAGGCAAGGCCUCCGAGCUCGCCGGCCAAGCCAAGGGCAAGGCCAACGAGAUGUCUGGCUCAGCACCCGGUUCCGCAUCAGAAGCUUCCGGGCAGGUCCAGGGCAAGGCUUCCGAACUCAUGGGCGAGGCCGAGGGCAAGGCCAACGAGCUUUCCGGCCAAGCAAAGGGCAAGGCUGAGGAGAUCAAGGGAAAGAUGUAA